AUGACUUGGACGCACACCUUCGACACGUCACCAGACUCGGCACUCGAAAAUGCCCUUCGCAAAGACUUCCACUGGGGGUUCGCAACCGCCGCCGCACAAGUCGAAGGAGCAUGGGACAAAAACGGCAAAGGCGAAUCAAUAUGGGACAAAUUCUGCCAUACACCUGGCAAAGUAAAAGACGGAAGCACAAACGAAGAUGCAACGCGAGCAUACGAUCUGUACAAGGAAGACGUCGCGCUGAUGAAAAGCUAUGGUGUCACCGCAUACCGCUUCUCACUCGCCUGGUCACGUAUUAUCCCCCUGGGAGGCGCCGAUGAUCCUAUCAACGAGCAGGGCGUACAAUACUACAAUAACCUCAUUGAUGAGUUGAUAGCUAACGGCAUCACUCCCUUCGUCACGUUGUUCCACUGGGACACGCCACAAGCCCUUGAAGACCGCUACGGUGGCAUGCUCAACCAGUCAAAGUACACACCCGACUUUCUCCGCUAUGCUCGCCUCUGCUUCUCCCGCUUCGGCGACAGAGUGAAACACUGGAUCACUUACAACGAGCCCGGAGUGUAUACGCUCGCCGGCUAUGCAGCAGGUGUGCACGCACCCUCGCGCUCCUCCUUCCGCGAUCGCAACGACGAAGGGGACUCGUCGACCGAGACGUUCAUCGUCGCACAUACAGAGAUCGUAACGCAUGCUCGCGCAGCUAGAAUCUACCGUGAAGAGUUCAAGCCGCAGCAGAAAGGCGUCGUAGGCAUCACGCUUCACGGCAACUACUCGGAGCCCUGGGACGUAAACGAUCCCAAGGACGUUGAAGCCGCACAGCGCGCAAGAGAGUUCGAGAUAGCGUGGUUCGCAGACCCGAUAUACGGCUCUGGCGAUUACCCCGCGAGCAUGCGAGCCCAGUUGGGCUCGCGCCUGCCCAGCUUCACGGCCGAGGAAAAAGAUCUAGUGCAAGGCAGCAGCGAUUUCUACGGCAUGAACACAUACACGACCUUCUUCGUCAAGCACCGCGCCGACGCAGCAGACAUCAACGACCACCUAGGCAACGUGGAGAAGCUCGACACCAACAGCGAGGGAAAGAGCAGGGGCCCAGAAUCAGACACGUACUGGCUCCGCACCGCACCUGAGGGAUUCGGGAAACUGCUCCGCUGGAUCUGGAACCGCUAUCACGUCCCCAUCUACAUGACCGAGAACGGCACAACGGCAAAGGGCGAGCACGUGGACGCUCCGCCCUCGAAGGAAGUGCUGAACGACACUUUCCGCGUUGAUUUCUUCCACAGCUAUCUGCGUGAGCUGGCGCGUGCGGUGCAAGAUGGUGUUGAUAUCCGCAGCUAUUUCGGAUGGACGUUUACGGAUAAUUGGGAGUGGGCGGCUGGGUACGAGGAUCGUUUCGGCGCUACGUGGGUGGAUUUUGAGAGUCCGGAGAAGACGCGGUAUCCGAAGCGGUCGGCGUACUUUCUGAGGGAUUACUUUGGACACUUGAUUGCGGGGGAGUAG